AUGGACAAGUUCCGGAUGAUUUUCCAGUUCCUGCAGUCCAACCAGGAGUCCUUCAUGAACGGCAUCUGCGGCAUCAUGGCACUGGCCAGCGCCCAGAUGUACUCUGCCUUCGAUUUCAACUGCCCCUGCUUGCCCGGCUACAACGCAGCCUACAGCGCGGGCAUCCUGCUGGCGCCCCCGCUGGUGCUCUUCCUGCUCGGCCUGGUCAUGAACAACAACGUGUCCAUGCUGGCCGAAGAGUGGAAGCGGCCCCCGGGCCGCCGGGCCAAAGACCCUGCCGUGCUGCGCUACAUGUUCUGCUCCAUGGCCCAGCGGGCCCUCAUCGCUCCCGUCGUCUGGGUGGCCGUCACACUGUUGGAUGGCAAGUGCUUCCUCUGUGCCUUCUGCACUGCCGUGCCCGUGACUGUGCUGGGCAACGGCAGCCUGGCGCCCGGCCUGCCCCCACCCGAGCUCGCCCGCCUGCUAGCCCGGGUGCCCUGUCCCGACAUCUAUGACGGCGACUGGCUGCUGGCCCGCGAGGUGGCCGUGCGUUACCUGCGCUGCAUCUCCCAGGCACUGGGCUGGUCCUUCGUGCUGCUGACCACACUGCUGGCAUUCGUGGUGCGCUCUGUGCGGCCCUGCUUCACACAGGCCGCCUUCCUCAAAAGCAAGUACUGGUCCCACUAUAUCGACAUCGAGCGCAAGCUCUUCGACGAGACGUGCACGGAACACGCCAAGGCCUUCGCCAAGGUCUGCAUCCAGCAGUUCUUCGAGGCCAUGAACCACGACCUGGAAUUGGGUCACGCCCACGGGGCACUGGCCACGGCCCCCGCCGGCUCGGCUGCCCCAGCGCCCCCCGAGGGUGCUGAGGAGGAGAGGGAGAAGCUCCGUGGCAUCACGGAUCAAGGCGCCGUGAACAGGCUGCUCACGAGCUGGCACAAAUGCAAGCCGCCCCUGAGGCUGGGCCAGGAGGAGCCGCCGGUGGGCAACGGCUGGGCGGGGGGCGGGCCCCGGCCUCCACGCAAGGAGGUGGCCGCCUACUUCAGCAGAGUGUGA